AUGGGUAGAUCAGAUGAUCCGUUUUGGAAUGAAGUUGAAGAUAUGAAUGAUGGAAGCAAGAAGUGUAAGUUUUGUGGGCAUUUAUUUGCCAAUGGUACUUCCAUUUCGAGGAUCAAAUGGCAUUUAUCAGGAGAGAGAGGGCAUGGUGUUGGCAUUUGUGGUCAGGUGCCUAAAGAAGUUCAAGAAGCAGCCUUUCUAGCUAUGCAUGUUGGCAACAAAAGACAUAAAAGCAUAGCAAGUUCAAGCAAUGUUGACAUUUCCACCUGUCCACAAGAACAAGACAAUGCAGUACUUGGUAAUUUGGCACAAGGUGUUGGGCGUGAGAGAAUUCAUUCGCGUUUAGAAGCGGCAAAUGGCAUGGAAAACACUGGUGAAGGAUCUUUUCAGCAUGUUGACAGAAGUGUCUCUCCUUGGAGACUCGGAGUUGAUGCUCAUGAGAAUAGAGGAGAAGCAACACAAAGAACAGAUUUAGCGGAUCAAUUUGCUGAUAGUACUUGGGUUCAGAUACACUCUGCCCUUUCAAAGGCGCAGAAGCUGAAUGAAAUCUCUACCUAUUUAAUGCAGGAAGAUGAGGAUGUGGAGCGUCUGCAUGAUGCAUUUGAAACUGUACCGAGAACAGAACAAGUGCAGCAUCUGGAGAGAGGUAGCUCUUGUGAGAGGCCAUCAAUUAAUCAAGCUGAUGAGCCUCGAGGAGAUUCAUCCCAAUUUUGUCGUGACAUUGGAAAAUGUUAUGAUCAACCUUGUGCUCCAUCAGUAAACGAUGAUGUAACUAGGCAUGAUGCACUGGACAUGGUUAGAGUGAGGACAGAACCAGUGGAGGAGAAGGUUGUGGAGACUAGUGGAAGAUCAGCAAUCCAGGCUGGCGCAGGAGCUAGAUCCUCUGAAGGUCUGAAAUACAACAAGACUAGAGGAGUUCCAUUACCUACUAGCUCUACAAAGCCAAUGGGUCAGGUAUUUAAAGAAAAUACGAAGGUGCUAUGGUCUUUGUUAAUGGACGGUAAAGUCUCAACCAUUGGUAUUUAUGGGAUGGGAGGAGUUGGUAAAUCGACAAUACUGCAACAUAUCUAUAAUGAGCUUCUACAAAAACCAGAUAUUUGUAAUUAUAUUUGGUGGGUGACUGUGUCUCAAGAUUUCAGCAUUAAUAGAUUGCAGAAUCUUAUUGCUAAACAUCUUGAUCUAGAUCUUUCAAGAGAAAAUGAUGAAUUGCAUAGAGCUGCCAAAUUGUUAGAAGAAUUAAGGAAAAAACAAAAAUGGAUUCUCAUUUUAGAUGAUUUGUGGAACAAUUUUGAGUUACACGAAGUUGGAAUUCCUAUCUCGUUGAAAGGAUGCAAGCUGAUUUUGACAACUCGAUCAGAAACAAUUUGUCAUCGAAUUGCUUGCCAUCACAAAAUCCAAGUGAAGCCACUUUGUGAGGGAGAAGCUUGGAUUUUGUUCAAGGAGAAUCUUGGAUGUGACAUAGCACUUUCAUCAGAAGUGGGAGGAAUUGCAAAAGAUAUUGCAAGGGAAUCAGAAGUGGAAGGAAUUGCAAAAGAUAUUGCAAGGGAAUGUGCUGGUUUGCCGUUGGGAAUUAUUACAGUGGCAAGAAGCUUGAGGGGAGUAGAUGACCUCCAUCAGUGGAGAAAUACAUUGAAUAAAUUGAAAGAAUCGGAAUUUAGGGACAUGAAAGUAUUCAAGUUAUUGAGGCUUAGUUAUGAUCGGCUAGGUGAUUUAGCACUCCAACAAUGUCUGUUGUACUGUGCAUUAUUUCCUGAAGAUCAUAGGAUUGAAAGGGAGGAGUUGAUAGGUUAUUUGAUCGAUGUCGGAAUAAUUAAAGGAAUGAGGAGCAGAAAAUAUGCAUUUGACGAGGGCCACACAAUGCUUAAUAGACUUGAACAUGUCUGCCUAUUAGAAAGAGCUCAAAUGAUGGGUAGUCCUAGACGUGUCAAGAUGCAUGACUUGAUUAGGGACAUGGCCAUUCAAAUACUGCUAGAGAACUCUCGAGGCAUGGUUAAAGCAGGUGCACAAUUAAAAGAGUUGCCAGAUGCAGAGGAGUGGACGGAGAAUCUGACGAUAGUUUCACUAAUGCAAAACGAAUAUGAAGAAAUUCCUACCGGCCAUUCACCUAGGUGUCCCUAUCUAUCAACUCUAUUGCUAUGUCAAAAUCGUUGGUUGGGAUUUAUUGCGGAUUCAUUUUUCAAGCAAUUGCAUGGGCUCAAGGUCCUCGAUCUGUCUUGCACAGGUAUUGAAAAUUUGCCAGACUCUGUCUCUGAUUUGGUGAGUCUCACUGCAUUAUUGCUCAGUCAUUGUGAUAAAUUAAAACAUGUUCCAUCAUUAAAGAAGCUCACGGCACUGAAGAGGUUGGAUCUCUCUUGGACUACGCUUGAAAAGAUGCCGCAAGGAAUGGAAUGUCUAACCAACCUGAGGUAUCUUAGAAUGACUGGAUGUGGUGAAAAGGAGUUUCCUAGUGGGAUAUUACCAAAACUCUCUCACCUGCAAGUCUUUGUACUAGAAGAAUAUUAUCGUCCGAUAACAGUUAAAGUAAAGGAAGUAGUAUCCUUGAGAAAUUUGGAAACUUUGGAAUGCCAUUUCGAAGGUUUCUCUGACUUCGUGGAGUAUCUCAGAUCUCGGGAUGGGAUUCAAUCAUUAAGCACAUAUAAAAUUUUAGUAGGAAUGGUGCAUGAAUCUUAUUGGGUAGACGUUAUUGAUGAUUAUCCAAGUAAAACAGUUGCGUUGGGUAAUUUGAGUAUCAACGGAGAUGGAGAUUUUCAGGUCAAGUUCUUAAAUGGCAUUCAAGGACUGGUUUGUAAAUGCAUCGAUGCAAGAAGUUUAUGUGAUGUUUUGUCAUUAGAGAAUGCAACUGAACUGGAGGAAAUCAACAUUCAGGAUUGCAAUAACAUAACAAUUAUUUUAAACCAAAUAAGAUACUAA